AUGCCAAAACGUGCUAUUUCAAAGAAUACGAAGGAAUUGUCUCAAAAUGCCAAAUUAGAAGAAAAUGAAAUGACUUUAGAAGAUUUCUUUUCAACCUACAAAAGUAAACGUGAAUAUGAUAAGCCACUUGAAAAUUCAACCCUAAGUACAAAAAAUAGUACUCUCAGUAAACAUACUAACAAUAAAAAGUGUGAACUUUCUAAAUCGGAAAUAAAUUAUACAAAAAGUGUGAAGUCUUCUUUGAAAAAUAAAAAAAGUAGGCUACAUAAAAUUGAGACAGAUUCUGAAGAAAGUGAUUCUUUAAUAUUAACUAAAGAAAGUGAUUCUUUAAUAUUAACUAAAGAAAGUGAUUCGGGAAAAGAUUUGAGGGAAUAUUCACCAAUUGAUAAACGCAAAAGACGCAAAAAUGAACGACCUAAUUCAAUAACUGAGAAAGAUCCAAACCUUCCCUUGGAAGGUAAAAGUAUUGUUGUAACUGGUCUCUUUGAGAAAAAGUCGAGAAGUGAUAUUGAAGAUCUGGUUAAAAUCUUAGGAGGUAAAUUAACUAGUGCAGUAAGUGGUAGGACAUCAUAUUUAAUUGCAGGAUAUAUACUCGAAGAUGGUCGUGGAAUUACUGAAGGCUCAAAAUAUAAAAGUGCUAUCUCUAAAAAUAUACAAAUUCUCUCUGAAGAUGAAUUUAUAAAUAUGUUUCCAAUUGAUAGUUCUAAAAUUACUAGAGAGGAUAAAGAGAAGCUUAAUAUGAGUCAAACUAUAGAAAAUUUAAAGGAUUAUAAAAGUGAGGAUAAACUUUGGACAGACAAGUAUAAGCCAUCUAAUAUAGAUGAAAUAUUAGGUAAUAGUGAAGUUAUUAGAAAAUUAGUCACUUGGUUAAAUGAUUGGAGAUCUGUAAUUAUUGAAGGAAAGAAAAAGAAUCCACCAAAAGCUACUUUUUCACCAGGUUCAAGAUUUCCUCAAAUUGAGAAUAUUAAUGCACGUGCCGUUUUACUAAGUGGCCCACCAGGUAUUGGUAAAACUACUACGGCAAAUUUAGUAGCUAAAGAAUGUGGUUAUAUAGCUAUUGAAAUGAAUGCAAGUGAUGAUAGAACAAAAAGUGUAAUUGAAGACUUAGCUGAAAGUGCUAUUGGUGGGUAUACACUGACAGAUUUUGCACAUGGAAAUAUUAAUAAAUUUAAUUCUAAAUAUUCAGAAAAUUUAAAUUCAAAUAUUGUCUUAAUUAUGGAUGAAGUAGAUGGAUUGGGAGGAAGUGAUCGUGGGGGUACUGCUGCAUUAGGGAAACUCAUAUUAAAGACUAAAUGGCCAAUAAUAUGUCUCUGUAAUGAUCGCCAAAAUGAAAAAGUUCGUAAUUUAGCAUCAAAAUGUUAUGAUCUACGCUUUUCACGUCCAUUGAAAUCUCAGAUAAUAAAGAGAAUACAAGAAAUUUCAUCUAAAGAAGGAUUAAAUAUUGAGGCAAAUGCUAUUGACUUACUAUGUGAAUCUGUUGGUAAUGAUUUGCGUCAGAUAUUAAAUGAAUUACAGUUAAUGAGACUAAGUAAGUCUACACUAAGAUUUAUUGACAUGAAAAAUGAGAUAUCUAAACCAGUUAAGGAUUCCCAAGUAACCUUGGAUAUAUUUUCAGCAACUAAAAAACUCUUAACUGCAAGUGAUGCUCAUCGUUUAUCAAUAAGUGAUAGAAUUGAAGUGUUCUUUAUUGACUUUGAUUUAAUCCCACUAUUCAUACAAGAAAAUUAUAUAACAGCAUUUUCAAGUCAAUCUAGUUACUAUAUUUCAGCACAAAGUAAAGGAAAUAUUUCUUAUAAAAAUAUAGAUGCUAUCAGCCAAAUUGCUAAUCUAUUUGCAGAAGCUGAUAUAUACAAUUCUAAAUUGAGAUCAAAUAAUGAUUGGAGCUUAUUAUCAGAAAUAGCAAUUAAUUGUGCUGUAAUACCAUCUGGACCCCAGUUUCAAGGAUCAUUUUUGGCUAGACCAGAAUUUCCAAAGUGGUUAGGCAAAAACUCAACAAGGAAUAAAAAUAGAAGAUUGUUAAGUGAAUUAUUAGCAUAUUUAACUGUAGGAACAAAAGGAACAUGUCCAAGUAGUCAGGGAAUGAAAUUAAGUGGAUACUUAGAUUGUCUAUAUCAUAAAGCAAUAAUGCCAUUACUAAACAAAAGUGGAGAUUUUAAGGAUAAUAUUGAAAAGAGUUUAGAUAUAAUGAUGAAAUAUGGCUUAAAUAGAGAUCACUUUACUGAGCAUAUUACUUCUUUAAUGCUUAAACAACAAGAUAAAUUAUAUGAUAAGAUAGAUAGUAAGACAAAGUCGGCAAUGACUCGUGUAAUUAAUUCAACUAUACAUGCUGUCAAGGUAUCAUUACCUAAGAUAAAUAAAUAUGAAUUAUCUGAUAGUGAAAAUGACAAAAGUCUGGAAGAUAAUACAGACGAAUUAAAUAGUGGAGAAGUAGAUAAACAAAAUCAGAUAGGAUCAUUAGUUAAAGUUCGUAAAGCUGCCGGAAAUUCUAUACCUAAGAAAUCUGCAACUAGAAAUCACUCUAGAUCGAAAAAAAAAUAA